AUGUGCUCUAUUUAUGAAGAGGUGAUUGCUCCUUAUUGGACCAAGCCAGCUCUACUGGCAGGCAGCUACAUCUCACUCAGUGCACAGUCUGUUGAUUCAGACCAACCCUUGUCAACCAGUCACAGAUCCAGCUCUGUUAACGGCACCAGGGAGCCUGACGGUGUCACCUUCAUCAUCAUCCAGGGCCUCUCCAGCCUCAGUGAAAGACAGAUGAUCCCAUUUGUCAUCCUGCUGCUGGGUUACAUUAUCAUCCUGGGAGGAAACAGCAUGAUCAUCUUUGUGACACUGACUGAUCCAAAGCUCCACUCUCCCAUGUAUUUCUUCCUCUGCCACCUCUCCUUGGUGGACAUGCUCUUCACCACCUCUACCAUCCCCAAAAUGCUGGCUGGCUUCCUGUCAGACGUGUCAACCAUCUCAGUCCCAGGCUGCUUCCUGCAAAUGUUUUUCUUCACUCAGCUAACCUUUACUGGUCAUGCCAUCCUGGCAGUCAUGGCGUACGACCGCUACGUGGCCAUCUGCCACCCUCUGCACUACAUCUCCAUCAUGACUUGGCAGGUCCAGCUGCUCCUCAUAGCAGGAGCCUGGGGCUUUGGCAUCUUCACUAUGUUGCCAUACUUCAUAUAUGCUUUACUCCGACCUUACUGUGGCCCAAAUGUGGUCAAACAUGCCUGGUGUGACCCGUCAUCUAUAAGGCAACUGGUCUGUGCUGACACCUCACUGGAUAACAUUGUGGGCCUUGUCACUGCCACUCUGUCUCUACUGAUCCCAGGAGUCCUCAUCCUGACCUCCUAUGUCCUGAUUGGCAUUUCAGUAUUGAGGAUGGGUGUUGCUCAGAGACUGAAGGCCUUCAGGACGUGUGCUGCCCACUUGACUGUGGUGUCCAUCUCUUUCACCUCAGCUUCCUUUGUGUACAUCUCCUACCGCGUGGGAAGCUUUUCACCAGAGGUACGUAUCAUUGUAGCUGUGCUGUACACUGCUCUGACUCCUUUCCUGAACCCAGUGGUCUACAGUCUGAGGAACAAGGAGCUGCAAGAGUCCAUCAGAAGGACUCUGGUCAGGUUCAGAUUUUCUGUCAUUUCAGUCACAUAGCACGUCAACCCAGUGUCCUGACUGGAAAGGAAACCUGCCACUCUGCUGCCUGGACACAUAAGAAAAGAGAACUGGACAUUCAGACUUCUUGAAUUCAGUUUGUGAUUAAGAAAUGACAGUCUUGUGCAUAAACAUUUUAAAAAUGUAUAUGUUGAGCAGCCUAUU